GCAGGCUCGCGCGGGCGGGCAGCUGGCGAGGAAGGCCCUAGGCGCGGAACCCGAGACGAGGGCGGGGCGGGCGGCGAGCCCGGGCGUGGUGCGGCGGCCGUGGUGCGGCGGCCGAGCUGCGGGCGGCGUCGAGCAGCCGUUAGCUGGCUCGCCGUGCGCGCGCGGCGCGGAGGGGCCGGGCCCGUGGCGCGCCCCCGGUCCCGCCACCGCCGUGGCGGGCACCACCCCCGGUUCCAGUCUGUUCCAGAAGAGCAGCGCAGAGCAGCUUCAGCUAUCAAAGCCAUGACUCAGGUGUCAGUGCUGUUCCGUGAUGUGUACAUAGACUUCUCUCAGGAGGAGUGGGAGUGCCUGACUGAGGAACAGAGGGAUCUGUACAGAGAUGUGAUGUUGGAGAAUUACAGCAACCUGCUUUCAAUGGUCCUGGAAUCAAGAUGUGAGUCCCAGAAAUUAUUUUUGAAGAAGGAACUUUAUGAGAUAGAGUCAGCACAGUGGGAGAUCAUGAAAAAACUCACAAGACAGGACCUUCGGAGCGCUGAUCUCAGCUGUGUUCAGGAAUGGACCAAGCAGUGUGAGAGGCUGCGUGGGGCUCAGGAGACACAAGUCAGUCAACUGAUCGUCAGCUGUGAAGACACGGCUGCGCUCAGUCGGUAUCCAUCCUUCAGGAAGGAGAACUACUGUGCAAGUAAAGAGAACAGGAAGCUCUACAAACACAGCUCACCGUUCACCACCCAUCAAAUCAUCCGCACCAUUGAGAAGCCAUAUGAGUGCAAGGACUGCGGCAGGAUGUUUAGACACCCCUCGGGACUCACUCACCAUCACAAGAUUCACACUGGAAAGAAACCCUUCGAAUGUAAGGAAUGUGGAAAGACGUUUAUUUGUGGCUCAGACUUGACACGACAUCACAGAAUUCACACAGGGGAGAAGCCCUACGAGUGUAAGGACUGUGGGAAAGCCUUCAGUAGUGGUUCAAAUUUUACUCGCCAUCAGAGAAUUCACACAGGCGAGAAGCCUUAUGAAUGUAAAGAGUGUGGGAAGGCUUUUAGCAGUGGUUCAAAUUUUACCCAGCAUCAGAGAAUCCACACUGGAGAGAAACCGUAUGAGUGUAAGGAGUGUGGCAAUGCCUUUAGUCAGAGCUCACAACUUAUUAAACAUCAGAGAAUCCACACUGGAGAGAAACCCUAUGAGUGUAAGGAGUGUGAGAAGGCCUUCCGUUCCGGUUCUGACCUCACCAGGCAUCAGAGAAUCCACACCGGAGAGAAACCCUAUGAGUGUAAGGUUUGUGGGAAAGCCUACUCGCAGAGCUCGCAGCUCAUCAGUCAUCACAGAAUCCACGCGGGUAAGAGAGCCUACGUGUACGAGGACUGCAGGGAGAGCGCUAACUAUGACCCACGGCUGCUUCAGCAUCAGAACUUAUGCUGGGCUGCGGGGGAGCGCGGCGCGUGCGCGCUGGGCGCGUGCGGCGGGCGCUCCCGGCAGCCCUCGCGCGCUCCGGGUCCUGCGGGGUGUGAGGACCGGCCCGGCGGCCCUGCGGCCGCUGUCAGCUCCGCGGCGCCCGCUCCGCGCCCGGGUCGCAGCCCCCGGACGCAGGGGAGGCGCUGCAGGGAGCGGGUGUCAGUGAUGUUCAGUGACGUGUCCAUAGCCUUCUCUCAGGAAGAGUGGGAGUACCUGGACUUAGAGCAGAGGAAUUUGUACAAAUAUGUGAUGAUAGAGAACUACCGGAAUGUGGUCUCCUUAGCAGGGUGCCUCAUUUCUAAACCAGACGUGAUCUCCUUACUGGAGCAAGGGAAAGAGCCCUGGAGGGUUUCCAGGAAAAGAGGAAGAAAUCGAGAUUUGGACACUAAGGAUGAGACCAAUCAGCUAUUCUCAGAAAAAGGCUUUUAUGAAAUUAACUUAUCCCAGUGGAAGAUAGUGGAAAGAAUUGGGAGCAGUGGCCUGAAGGACCUUAUUUUAAAAAACAAAUGGGAGUCAAAAAGGAAACAUGCGAGACGAGUGGGCUCUCAGGAGGGCUGUCUCAGUCCAGUGAAGAAGGCACCUGAAACAGUGUCCUCCUAUGAAAAGCGUGCGUCUGCUACUCCACGACAGAGAGUCCGUUUUGUGGAGAAGCCUUACGAGUGUGACGAGUGUGGAAAGGCGUUUAGAGUGCGCCAGCAGCUGACUUUCCAUCAGAGAAUCCACACUGGCGAGAAGCCCUACGUGUGUAAGGAGUGUGGCCUGGCCUUCAGGCAGACCGCGCACCUGACCAGGCACCAGCGACUCCAUUCUGGUGAAAAACUGUACGAGUGCAAGGAAUGUGGGGAAGCUUUCACAUACGGCCCAGACCUCAGGGCUCACCAAAAGCUUCACAGCGGGGAGAAGCCCUACACAUGUAAAGAGUGCGGGAAAGCCUUCAGGGUGCGAGGACAGCUCACCCUCCACCAGAGAAUCCACACGGGCGAGAAGCCCUACGUGUGUGAGGAGUGUGGGAAGGCCUUCCGGCAGUACGCGCACCUGACCAGGCACCAGAAGCUGAACAUUGCUGACCGGCUCUACGAGUGCAGAGAGUGUGGGAAAGACUUCCUGUGUGGCUCCGGCCUGCGGGCGCAUCACAAGCUCCACACGGGCGAGAAGCCCCACGAGUGCAAGGACUGUGGGAAGGCCUUCAGGGUGCGGCAGCAGCUCACCCUGCACCAGAGAGUUCACACCGGGGAGAAGCCGUACGAGUGCAGCGAGUGUGGGAAGACCUUCAGUCGGGGCUAUCACCUCAUUCUCCACCACAGGACGCACACUGGGGAGAAGCCGUACGAGUGCAAGGAGUGCUGGAAGGCCUUCAGCCGCUACUCCCAGCUCGUCUCCCACCAGAGCGUCCACGGGGGGAUCAAGCCCUACGACUGCAAGGACUGCGGCAAGGCCUUCCGGCUGCUCUCGCAGCUGACGCAGCACCGGAGCGUCCACGCUGGGGAGAAGCCGUACGCCUGCAAGGAGUGCGGCAAGGCCUUCAGGCUGCGCCAGAAGCUCACUCUGCACCAAAGCAUCCACACCGGGGAGAAGCCCUUCGAGUGUAAAGAGUGUAGAAAGGCCUUCCGGCUCAACUCUUCCCUCAUCCAGCACCUGAGGAUCCACUCUGGUGAGAAGCCCUAUGAGUGUAAGGAGUGUAAGAAGGCCUUUCGGCAGCAUUCCCACCUCACCCAUCACCUCAAGAUUCACAGUGUCAAGGUGUGACAGUCUUAGCGGCCCUACAGAACAUUCUGUGACUGUCACAGCUAAUCGCACACAUGUAACCGACCUGGCGUAAGAGGCUUUAUACCAUUAAAGGCAUGUGUUAAUUUAA